AUGGUGGAACAAAUACAGAACAAGUUUGCUAGAUUCCUGUAUCUACGACUGUAUGGUGUAUAUCCCUUCUAUCCCCUGUCUUACCCGACGUUGUUCGUGCUCGGCAUGGUAGGAUAUACACAGCUGCGGGUCAGGAGGGAACUGGCGCUGGUCUUAUUUGUGGUCCGAAUUAUGAGGGGUCUUCUGUACAACCCGGAUAUACUAGCACGGGUCAACCUUAACGUGCCAGACAAGUACGUGUGGCGGCGAAGACGACCUGCUCUGCUCGAAGAGCCCCGUGCCCGCACCAACCUCCUUCAGAAGGCGCCGCUGACGCGGGCACUGCGCUGCAUUAAUGAAGUUGCAUCGGAAACCGACGUUUUCUGCUGUGCUCAGAUUGCAGAGGGCACCUUUACAACUGUGGUCACUGCUUGGCCUGAUGUUACGGACACGAGCCUAAGAGCUGAAAUCCUACGAAUCUUCUUCUACUUGGUCUGGUGGAUCUUUGUGUUGAGAACAGCCGCCGUUUACGCUUUGGUGACCUGCAUUUCUAUAAUAGUUGGUCAGCAGUUUAAGAAUUUGCAAAGUUAUUUUUAUAGUCUCAAUGAAAUAUUUCAAGACGACGACGAAAUAAAAGUUUGGGAGCAGGAGCGAAGGGAGCAGAUUUAUGAGGAAGCUGUAAGAACAGGGUUUAAAUUACAUGACCAAACUUUGAGAUGUACAAAUGAAUAUCAAGUAACUUGUAACGUAAUCUUCAGCGGCCAGAUUCUAGUGAACGUAUCAGUUCUCUGUCUGCUGAUGCUUCAAAUGGUGAGCACGGAGCGAACUUUGAUGAACACCCUCGCCAUUUUGUCAACGGCUUUAGCAGUUCUGAUCGGCUCUGGCUUGAUUAUGUGGAAUGCUGGCGACAUUUCUGUUGAGGCAGCCGUUCUACCGACUGCGAUGUUCCAUUGUGGGUGGCACAAUUGCCGUGGCAAGUCAGGGCCUAGAAUCAAGAGGAUGCUGGUGGUGGCUAUGAGACAAAGUCAGAGGCCCGUCAUAAUAAGCAGCUUCGGUGUAUUAGAAAUUUCGUACCAGUCGUAUUUAUCGAUUGUGAAGUCAUCUUAUUCAGUAUUCUCGCUAUUAUACUAGAAGAAUAUAAAGUAAAACAAGGAAUACCCAAUUUGAGUGUUUUCAAACAAAAAUCUUAGCUGUCAAUAAUAAAAUUAUUGCAAGCAAUAGAGUAGAAUGCACUUA